GAACUCAGUAAAUAAGACAAUGAUGAUAAUUGAUACUUUAAUCGCAUAAAUUGAUAUUGUAUUGUAUUGUAUCAGAAAUGGCUGGAGUACCACCUCACGGUGACAUUCACCAUCAACUUUCGGUAUGCAACAAUAACAUAACAAGCAAUCGGGAUUGCAGAAUUUUAUAUACCGUGAUUACUUGAAUUUGGCUCGUAUUUUGCUUUUGUUGCAUCGAAUUGCUCUGUUCUAUGAAAUAGCUAAACCUACUAUAAAUCCAACUAUCGAUACAUUGUUUAUUACCCUAUCAUUUACACCAUUUCUUGAAAAAUUUUCGAGUGAAAAUAGCAUUCUCAGUUUCACUAUAAACCUGAAUGCAUUGUUGCAGGACAAUAUUUUUGUAAAGAUCUUUUGUCCUGAAUACUCGAGCACUGUGUUGUAAAAUUAUUCGUAGGUAAAAAUGAGCUUACAAUAAGCCUUCCGGUAGUAUCGGUAUCGCGCAGGUUUGAAAAUCGAUGCACGCAUUUACGACUUGUUGAGCUUUAAGGAAGCUACAAGCUCUGGAAGCGAUACCACGGUAUGUUAAUUCCUCAAUGGAGUGUUUCUGUUAACAACUGUGUACCAUGAACGUGAAAGAAAUAUACCCACGGGACAGCACACGAGAUCAAUUUGAUCCUUCUCAUGGUGUAUCACAAUUUAAAAGGAAAAGUUUCGAAUGAUUUCCGAGCUUCGAAUCUUCAUUGACGUUUGUGCAUUGGAAUAAUCAACUUAGGACUGUCGAGGUGAAACAAUACAAUUCAUCCAAUAACGAACGUCAAAAAUUUCCUAAAAGACGUCACACGUUACACUUGUCAAGUGUAGCGUAUCGUAUAUUUUAUUCGUUUACUCUGCGGGUGAUGUACAAAUAUAUUAAAUAUAUAAAAUUCAUAGUAAAUUUCAUACAGAUACGUAGAUGAUUGUCGCGGUACGAGAAUGUGAUCAUUGGCCUUAUCUCUGGUGCAGCGGCGUCAAUUUAUCGACCUGAAACUAGAAUCGCAAAUCCGCGCUGCUUUUGCCCUGCCAUGCCGGGCUGUCAGGUACCUAAUCUAUCCUCACAAUUUACCGUUUGCGCGAGCUGUUCCGCACCAUUAAACGCAUUUUCUUUUGCCCUUUUCUUUUUUCGCCGAACGCGGCAACGGAGCAGCCACCCUUGCUGCUUGCAGACUUCAACAUCUCCGAGGCGCAUGCCUGAAUGCAGCCAGCUCGAGUCAGGAUCGGCUCUAGAAAACCCCGAGCCACAAGAUUCGAUCCGAAAACGAAGCUUGCGGACGGGCUGACCAGUCACUGUAUCACCUCAAAAUGAAUCUUGACUGCAGGAUUUUCUCAAACGAAAUCAUUAGCCUAAUUCCGCGAUUGAGCUUUUGCGAAGGAAGGAACCUUCUGUCAGCUGAAACCAGCUUGUGGACAUGGCUCUGAACAGUUUGAUGCAUUCGCGUUACAACCUGCAUCGUGUGUCGCUGCCACCGAAAGCAUAACGCAGCGCGACAUCGAUACGACAAUGAACUGGCACAGAACUACGCCUAGACAUGAACGUCGACCGAGAAAAUCCCUCUGAUAAGAGGAUCGAGUAGCAGUCGGAGACAAAGAGACGAAAGACAAAGGGAAGAAGAUAAGGGAAUCCGAGUGCAAGAGAGGAGAAGACGAAGAUAAAGCCGCCGUGGCGUAGAAGAACGAAGAGGGUGAACGACGGGCAAAAGUACCUGCAGAAUAAUGGGUGAAAGCUCUCCUGAUCUAAGCCUCCGCCUUCGCCGGGGUAGCUCGGAUUCCCGCGACUGUUUCUACAUGGAUUUUGCUCAGGGGAUUGACUCGGACAUCGAGGAAGUCGCCCGCCCCGUAGAUUCCUCAGAUCGGCUUCCCGACAGCCAAAUCGAAGAGAAUGGUAACGAUCUGCCACCAAUCGAGGACAUUACAACCAUUCCUGAAGAAGUUUCGGAAGAGAUAUUAGCCGAGCAGAACGACGGGGAUGAUGAAACGCCGCACGAAGGAGAUCCUGAAAAGCCGAGGGACUGGCCCGGACUUCCUGCGGCUUUGCCGUCGCCCGCGUCUCCGUCAGCAGUGAUCGUCUCCCCGGAGACCCUGUCACGUCACAGCAGUAGCUCACCUUCCCGAGUUCAUCGGCCACAACAAUUCGCCCUGGCCAUCCCCUGUCCCAGAGAACCCAUUGCUGCUGUUUGUUACCCGGGCCCGGCUUACCUAGAAGUCAGUGAUGACAAAAAUUGGAAGCACCUCGGCGCCGAUGCUUUGGCGACCACCUUGAGUGCGCUCUACGGGAAGCUGCUUGUGGUUAUGGGUAUUGCCUUUCCUAUGGCGGAGGUGAUCUCCACCUACAUUCCGCCAUCUUUUUACGAAGCUUUCUACCUUUACCUAUACUUCGGCAGUAUGGUCUUCUUGCUGUACAUGUACGCCAUGUUGUUGAGGGACAAUAAACCAAAACCAAAAAAACAGCAGAAGGACGACUGCGAUUUGGAUAGCUCACAAUCUUCAAGUGGCGCUGGAGGAGGCUGUGAUAUACAGGACACGGGAUGUCCUCACGUGGCGGUUGUUAAGCCAAGCCAACACUACGGUAGCUUUUACUUGAGGAUGGGUGCCGUGGCUUUUGGUAUAGGGUCCAUGAUUUAUUCCGGGUUAGAGUUUGGCCAGUACUUUGAACUUGAGAGAGACACUAAGUGCCACAACAUUAUGCUGGCCUUGACUCCUGCCACUAGGAUGGCGUUCAUCUUCAUCCAAAUGUACUUCAUCUUUCUCAACAACGAGCAAAUGAAGGUCUACCGACACCGCAUCGUCGCCCGAUUCGGUCUCAUGCAUAUGAUUGGCACGAAUCUUUCGGUCUGGCUUAACGUACUGGUUCAAGAGACAAAACAUGAGAUCCUUACAUUUUACGACCCGGAAAACAAUUCGCUUCGAAUAUCGCACCGACUUGGUAGCAAAGGCGGUCUUCAUCAUUCCGGCUAUAAUCAUGGACACGGCCACGGUAGACAUCACCAAGACCUCCACGCAAACGAACACACGAGAAUUCCGCGAGGACUGAAAGGUCCUCACCACAUGUUCGAGUGCAGGCGUACCAAUAUUAUGGGAUCCCUGGUGCAGGACGCUAGUCCCUUUUUAUUCCCCUGCACCAUAGAGUACAGCCUUAUUUGCGCGGCUAUUUUAUACGUAAUGUGGAAAAACAUAUCAAAAGCUGGUAUUACGCAGCCCACAACUCCUCCUGGAUCUCGACACCACGCACAGCACGCUUAUAGAAGGUCACCCCAUCACUACAGCGUGGAUUGUGCCGGAGCACACAAGGGUCUCUUCGUUGGUAUCCUGAUACUCGUACUGACGAUCAUCUCGCUGAUCCUAUUCUUCGUUCUAAUAUCACGGCCCGAACUUGUGAGUCUUGCCGUGACGGAAGUGAACGUCUGCGAGUUGACCCUCUACGGGAUGUCGACGAUGGCCACUUUGGUCGGGAUGUUUCAAAUGCGGAAGCUGCGCUACGACGGAGGGCGAAACCUCGAAUUGGACAACAUCCUGCUCGUUGCGGCUCAAACGGGGAUGUUUAUUUACUCGACGUUCACCAUAAUCGGGGGUCACUUCACCAUCGAAAAGCACACGGUGUUGGUCCUUAUCACAGCGCUGGCGAGCGUCGUCCAGACUACGUGCCAGACCAUCUUCAUCCUUGACGCCUCGAGGCGAUCGGUCGCAACUCCGGGCCAGAUACGGCGGAAACCGGGCCGAGAAAUCGUUACUUUUCUCCUGGUAACAAACCUCGCGAUGUGGGCGAUAAACACCCUGGAAAAAUCCCGUGCCGAGUCCCAUCCUGUUCAGCUCAAUUUCUACGGUUUGUGGGCCUGGACCAUCAUCACUCACGUCUCUAUGCCGCUGGCUAUCUUUUAUCGAUUCCACAGUACCGUCUGCCUCUGCGAGGUGUGGAAAAGGGCUUACAAAGUGAAGCCGACUUACAUGUGACCUAGGGACACUCAGGGUGCUGCAAGCACGUUCGCCAAGCGCCCUAAAAAUCUCCCCAUCAAUCUCGACGCCAUUGCUGAAAACGAUGCGGCGUAUUUUAUCUAAGAGCCGAAUGCCGGAGUUCCCUGUAGUUGAGAAGGAACCCUUUAACGAGUCUAGACUUCUCUCGAAAAAUUGCACUACUUGUUUCUUUGGUUUUUACUGUUGUGUGUUAUAUCGUUCGUUUCGACGUACCCACGUGACUCACCAGUUGACAACCGAAAUGCGGCACCAAUCUACACCGUUAAAUGAUUCCUGUUUUUCACCGCGUUCGUAAGCGAAAGCACCACACGCGAGUCCUGAAUAAUGUUACGACAAAACUUUUUAAUCCAAACACACAGAAUGUACCCGUUCGAUUAUACCAUCCAAAAAUUCUCUCGUGAACUUCCGUCUUCCAUUGUGGUACAAACUAAAAAACCUUCACAAUCUUUAAAAUAAUAAUUCAAAAAUAUUGCACAAAUAUGCCAGCCUAUUGAAAGCCAGAAAUUAUAAUCGUUUAAUACAAAUAUCGUGCUAUAAAUACACAGGCAUAACUGAUCCAAUUUUCCCGUUCGCGUUAUGUUUAUCAUUAUCAUGUGAAAACGGCACUUGGUGUCAUUGGACAAUAAAAGGUAUUCAUCUUAAAAUCACCAACAAUUAUUCGAAUUCAGUUUCAAUCAUACUCAUGCAACUCUUGAGUAUACGUUGUCCCGGAGACGUGUACAAUGUUCUGGUAGUCUGCAGAGGUAGAUAGACUAGUUUUCGAAGCACGGGCCGAACGGAACGUAAAAUUUGUUCACGUCAACUUUUCGAAUCCACAUGUAAAAAUUGAAAUAGGCGAAGGGAAUAAAAAUUACAAGUAAAGUAACCAUAGUACAAUAGUCCGUAAUCAUUCAUAUCAUAUACAAUAUACGAUGUAGUACCUACCUUGUAAUCAAAAUUCGUAUCACUGUCCGCGAAGGGGAUCAACUUGAGAUAUAAAUAAAAUGAAAUGAAUUUAAAUUUUAUGAAUGAAUAAUACUCAAAUUUUAUGCUCAAAUAAAACAUAUGUUAGAGACACAACGCUAUUAUAUAUAUAGAGAGAGAGAUUUGCCGUUAGCUACACAUGUAAGUGUCUCCUUACGCGUUCUUGCGUAAAAAAUAAUAGUAUUAUAUACCGAUAAACAAUAGUUUAAGAAUUUAAGUAAGGACAAUAGAAAUAAUAUAUCUAUACUAGCUUAGCGACGGUUGCAAUGAAUUAUGUGUAAUAGGAGUUAUCCGUUUGAUUUCAGUCACACUUUAAAGAGUCACGGUACCGCCAAACCAUCCUAAUCUAGAAACACUUGUUUCAAUUUAGCUAUUUAUUUAAACAAAAAUUCAUAGUUCCAAGUACCUACAUUUAGGAUACGAAUUUGAAGAAUAAAACGGAAUUAAACUACUCGGAAUUGAUGGUAAUUUCAUUGGGAAAAAGUAUAGGUGUCAUAUUAAAAAAAGAAACAACUAUUUAUCAUCAUUAUUAUUAUUAAAAAUAUUAUCAUCAUCAUUUUUCCUACUGAUAUAAUAAUUGUUUGGUCCGGAUAUUUUCGUUUUUCAAAUAAGUCUUUCUUCGUAACAUAUUUUAAGUCGGGAAUUUUUGAGAAACCGUAACUUUAAAAAUUUGGAAACUACAGAACUCCGGGUAGAGGCUUCUGUUUAUUGAAACCGCAGAAGCAUAUCGUUUAAUGAUUUUUCAACCAGUUGACUUCAAAACGCGGCUGAUUUCGAAUGGAUUACCCUAAUAACGAACGUACGAUAAAAUUGAUACCGGUCAAUAGAUCCGUGGCAACGUUCAUACAUAUAUAAAAUGUAAAAUAUCUCAUUGAUAAUAAGCUUAAGGUUUUUGUAAAUACGGCGAGAACAGAAGAAAGGAAUAAGAAACUCUAAAUGUUUAGAAUAGUCGUGUCGACCAUGUUUCUAUAUCUACGAUAUGUUACGAUACGUUAAUAUUGUGUUGUUCUAUUAUAAUAUUUAUUGUAUUAUUAUUACACGAUCCAUACCAUAUAGCUGUAUUCUACCUCUGCGCAAUCAUAUCGCACUGUAUUUGAAAAGCCUCGCAUACCGUUCAAUGAUUGGAAUCAAAUUGACCAUGUACACUGUUGGUAGACGUUUCUUUUUUGACUUGUCUUUAUUCUAUACUUAGAGCGUCUGUCGCAGCCUUCGGAUAGGCUUAAAAGUAUUUGAAAACACAGUUUGCUGUACUGUGUAAAAGUUAAUCCAGACAGCGCUAUAAUAUAUAGAGCAAGAAUCGUAGAUAGACGUACAAGGUGUUCGACGUAGGUGGUCCUAGGUCGUACCAUUCUUUUAUUUUUUUUUUUUAUUUUAAUCAGAAAGGCAAUUUCGCAGUUCCUCAUGAUCGGAUGAAACAUCGUUAACUGUACAUGGCAACUGAUUUCUAAAGUCACUAUCCGUAGAAUUAUUUCGAUGGUAAACUCACUUGUGGUCUCCCUAACAAAAAAAAAAAAAAAUUAAACAUGUCUGGGUUUGUCCGUUUCGAAAGAAGUACACCUAUUAGUGGAUACUUUGAUUUUUCAAACGUCUUGACGCAGUGCAGUGUUUAGUGAAAAAAAAUGUCGCAGGAAAGGAAUAUUUUUUGUUUAUGUGGAAUGUUGCAUUGUAUUUUAUUUCUUCUAUUAUUUUGGUUCUCGGUAACACGUUCCUGCGGUUUCGAGACGUAAAUAAUGUUCGGGGAGCUUAAAGUGUUGAAGAAAUUAUAUUAAAUUACUCUUCUAUUUCCUUUUUUUUUUUUAAUAAUAUACAGCAAUAAUAAUCAAAAAUCAUGAAUGCUUGACGCAAGCCAUAUUAUUUUUAUUCGGUCGACAAACAGUCUAAUUUAUAAUGAAAAUUAGAUUUUUUAAAUAUUCUUUCGGUUUUUGUAACCUCAGUUUCGUAACCACUAGCAACACCAGGACUAUAUUCGUGGAACAAUCUGUACCUAGAAAUGAAUGCGAUUAAGGGUCGAUGAUUAAUUAAUAGUGUCUGGCAACCUGGUAAACUCAAAAAUUUUGAACAAUCUUAACUUGUAACUCAAAUCUAAAACAAAGAUCCGUUUUCACGCUUUUAAAAAGGUCUAUAAAAAUGUCGAAAAUGACGCAGAAGCUUUUUGAUGCGCAGAUAGAGCAAAAUACUGGCCGUCGAAAUAAAAAUUUUCACCAAGUUCGAACCCCUUGAAGAGAAAAAGUAAAUACAAAAUCAAUCAUUUUUAAAUGUAAUCAAUUAUUUGUCCUCGGAAGUAUUUUGAUAACAUCUUCACCACAACGUAACAGCUAUUUUAAACACAGACUAAAAAAAUUAAAAGUACCUGAUAGUGUUGUAGGCAUUCUUAACAAAGUCUAUUUAUCAGUCAAUAAUGCCUCAAAAAUAAACUGAAUAGAAAAAAAAGUGUCAACUCAGAUCUCUCCCUCACCAUAUCACAGUAAGCGAUUACAUCGAACUCUCCUUGUAUAAUUAUGUACAAAUAAUUGAACAACUAAUGAAUGUACUAAUAACAUUAGAGGGUUAAAAUCUGGUGGACAAUCUUUUAUUUUGAUGACUAAUCAAAGCAAAAACGCUUCUGGGACAUUUUUGACCUGUAGACCGACCGUAGUAGCGUAGUUCGCAUUUACGAGCAUGCCAGUGGUCAAUGAUUUCAAUCAUAGCAAAUAUGAUCUAGGUAUAAUAUAAUUUCACACUAAGUAAAGAAUACCAAGUUUUUUUAACAUUAGAUUUGAUCUAUGCACCGUACAACCUACGACGAAACUUCAUCGUCUAUAGUUGGAGAAAAACAAUGUUCAAACGCUUUCAAAUUUUCAAUUACAUCUCAUUGACAUGAAAUUUGUUCGGUAAGAAGAGCCCAAAAAAAAAAAAAAAUGUAUUUCUUCGACAAGUUGACCACAAACCGCGUUUGAUGCCGCAGCAGCAAAGCAAAGCUUUCGCUCGAAAAAUCCGAAACCUUCAGGAAAUUUUGAAAUGCCAGAUCACUAUAAGUACCGUGAAAUCAAUCAAACAAAUAUAUUUGAAUUAAAGUACAAAUUAUGCCUCAAUUACGAUCUUUGAAUUAUAUAUACUUACAGCUUUGAUCACGUUUUCCGAUAAAUUUUAAUCGCUUUCAUAAUUGUAGUUAUAAAUUGAAAAAUUAUGAAGAUGGGUAUUAUUCUUGCCGACAGUAACGAUCGUCGCAAGAAAUUUUACGCAUAGACUAAAGACAAAAAUGUAUAACUACCUAACCUAUUGCUAUAUAACUCUAGCCCUUACUUAUUGUAAAGAAAUAAGUGAAUUAAGGGAUUCCUAAAAUACGGCACGAUUAGACCCUCAUUCGGCACGGAUAACUACGUCGAAUUCACGCCGCAUGAAUAUAAUAUCGAUCGCCAUGAAUUGUACGAAUGACGAGUAAUAUCUCUAUGCUAUAAUUUUCUAUGUCACAUACUGUAGUUCCUAUGCGUACGCAAUGUUUGUACUCUUAUACUCUUUGUACACUAUUUGUACCUUGCGACGCAAUACACUCAGUCGUCCGCAAUAA